AGUAGUUGAGCUCACAUGUGACGUGCAUGUCGCCGACGGAACCUGCAUCUGCUGACUAUCGACCAGAGGCAGAUGUCGAACGCCUUGCGCGGUAUUUUGCACAACGCUAUGGCGGUGACGAUCGCCUGUUGGAAGCACGAAAAGCCUUGGACCCAGAGGUUUCAUUCGACCUUCCGGCAUUUGAGCAAACCCUCCGCAAGUGGGGCGUGAAGGUAGACAAUGCAGUUGAACUCUUUGCCCAUAUAGACGUUGACUUCAGUGGCAGCAUUUCAGUUGAGGAGCUUUUGAACGUCCUUAGUUCGCCAGUGGAAGAGAUCAAACGGAGGGAACUGCAACGGCAGCGUCAAGAGGUGAAACGCAUCUUUGAGGGGCUUGCCCGGAGCAUUUCUGAGAAGUUCGGGAGCAUUCAGGACGCGUUUGCAAAGCACGGCCUGCAUGGUUCAGAGUCUUCAUUGUCUCUUGCGCAGUUUGGAAAGCUGGCCAAACAACUGGACAUGGAGCUUGAGUCUGCCGUGAUGCAACGAGUCUUCAACGAGAUUGAUGAGGACCGAACUGGCAGCAUCUCGGUUCAGGAGCUGCAAAAAGCCUUGAUGUAUCACAUCGUGGGCUACGUCGUUGUUGAGAUCGCCAACUUUUUGGAGCAGAAAGCGGGUGGCAUCGUGGAGGCCUUCGAGCACCUGCGCGAAAUCGCCCCGGGCGCCGUCCCCAAGGUGCUGCCGCCGGUGACGCCUGACGCGCCGAAGCCGCCACCGCCCAAACUGCAAGCGGGAGAGGAGGGAGUCUCCGAGCAGAACUUUUUGCGAGUUCUUCGGCAACUCAAGGUCUUGGAUCAAACCAGCAGCGCCAUCACCGAAAGUGCUGCUUUGAUGAUUCACUCAGCCCUGAAGCCUUUCGUCAUGGAGGACUUUGUGAGGAGGUUGCAGGAAGAGUAUCGCACGGCGAGCGAAAUGAAACAACGACAGAAAGAGGAUGCUGAGAAGCAUGAGAAGGAUCGGAAGCGCCGCUUGGCCGAGUCUUUACGAAUUGACAGCCGGCAGCGAGCGGCCAAGGAGAUCGAGACUUGGAUAGAUCAGGCCGCCACGAUGGAGGAAGCUCCAUCUGUGACAGCGAAGUGGGCCUCACUUGCUCGUUCCGGUCGCUCCAAAACUCAACUGCGAGACUAUGUUUCUGUUCUGGAAGGGCUCAUCAAGUCCACACGCGUGGACAUUGAGGACUUGAGACGCAGGCUUGAGCGGGAAGGUGUUUCUUCAGCAGACCCCCCAAGAUUCUUUGCAGGUUUUGAAGAUCACGAAGACUCGAUCUGGCGACAUCGGUGUGUCUCUUCAAGUGAACGGGCCUACGAUGCAGUGGCCAGUCCCAGUGUAUCGCUGGCACCGCCGUUGCCGCCCGCGGCCUCCGUGGGAUCCGUGCCGCAUCUGUUGGGCACGGCGCCCACGGCGCCCACGGCGCCUGCGGCAUCACCAAGCUCCCUACGUCCAGACGACACCAUGCUGUCGGAGCACCGCACCGUCCUGGCCGAGCGUCUCCUUCAAGCCGCCGCCUGUGGGCGCUUGGCCCUGGUGCAACGAUGUCUCACCAGCCGUGCCAACAUCAAUUCUGUGGCCUGGAGUGGAGUCACAGCAUUGAUGUGUGCUGCACGUCACGGUAAGCUAGAGGUCCUGCAGUUGCUUCUAGAGAGCUCUGCCGAUCCGGUUCGCACAGACAUGCUGGGACGGACAGCUCUGGAUCAUGCCAAGCGCCAGCCUCCCUAUGUGCAAGAAUGGCUUCGUGGGCACAAGGUGUUGGGCCGUCAGGAAUUUGAGAGGAUGGUGCAAGCUCUUGGAUCUGAGCUCUUGGUGCUAAAGCGGGAGUCGAAGAGGCUGGAGACAAUGAGGGAUCAGAUCCCAAGCGAUGAUGUGCUGCGGCGAGCAAAGCUCAUCAAUCAACUUCUGCCGAAAAGUGUUUCUGCCGUGGACCAUGGACAGGCGAUCGGAUCGCCCUAUCCAUCACCGGGUUCGAUGCUAAGUCAGGGCUACAGUCCUCUCGCACUGGGAAGAGCUGUGAGUUUCCCAGUGCCAGUAUCACCCAAGGUGCAUUUUGGUGUGCCUCUGUCGCAGUGAGCUGCCGAACUGACAAAAAACUGCUCUGGGACAAGAUGUCCGAGCAGGUCUUCAGCCAAAGAUGCUGAGUUGCUAAUGAAGUCACCAUGCUGGCCGUGCUUUGAGG